CCAACCGGGUGGGUGGAAGACAGCCACUGAAGCUGAGUGGACCCUGUUCGGAGCAUUUACAGCAUGAGCUUUCAUUUCAUGAGGACUUUGCUUUUCUAUACUUAACCUAAAUUUGGAUUUUUGGAAUACAAAAUAAUUUUCCGGUCCUUUUAAGACUUUGAUGUCACAUUUACCACUGUGCUAGAAUCGUAUGCCCCGGCUAAUGCAGAGGUUGGUAGGUGACCAGAAAAGAGGAGGUGAGGUAGUAACCAUGUGGAUUCCAACACCCAGCAUGACUCUCCCUCAGCGGAUGGUGCUGUAUGGGACGUGCGUUGUCGCGCUAAUGAACUCUGUGGGUCUUCUGGUGCUUUUGGUCUGUCAGAAUCAACAACACCAUUGGCUGGAGCAGACAGAUGCACGACUGUCAGAGGUGGAGCAGAGCUCGAUAAUAGAAUUCUUCCAGAAGGUGCCCAGAGGAGCCGCAGGGAGGCAAGCAGCCGAGGUGGAUCAUCCAGAGUACCAGUACUCAUACUCCAGGAAUAAAAGGAGUGAAAUGAUGAAGAAAGACCAACAGGAGGAGAUCCUGGACAUUCACCAAGAGGGCAAACAUGAGCUCCAUCAGCAGGAGGCCAGCCAGGAUGUUGGAGAGGAAACAGUGAAAAAAAUAAGGAUGGAGUCAAAGCAUAAACAUCAGCAUGGUCAGAGUGACCACCGGGCACAUGUGCAGGAUGACAUGAUGAUGAUGAUGACUUACUCCAUAGUCCCGAUAAAAUUGUUGAUUGAUAUCUGCAACAACUCUAAGGGAGUCUGUAUAACUGGACCCCCGGGACCACCUGGUUUGCCCGGUCGAGAUGGUUUACCCGGACACAAUGGGACUGAUGGCCUCCCAGGACUGAAUGGGCUGCCUGGGGCUGAUGGGAAAAGAGGAAAAAGAGGGCUGCCAGGUGAGAAAGGAGAAUUGGGUGAAAAGGGAGAGCCUGGUCCACCUGGAGAAAAGGGGGAGGCAUCCAAAGACGCCAUUAUUGAGGGUCCUCCUGGUCCACCAGGGUCACCUGGGCCGAUGGGCCCUCCUGGACCUCCUGGGCCUGAAGGGCCUCCGAGAACAAGGCACCACAGAGCCAAUCUUCAGGCUUUGCAGACUUCAGGGCCGCUACUGGCAAACCCAAAUGAUGAAACCACACCUGUAAAAGCAGCUGAGAACCAACAUGAGAAAACACCAAAGAAGAAUGAAUGCCUCAUUAAGUCUUUGAUUAACCCCAGAAAUGUAAUGAAAAUGAGCAGCACAUUUGGCACAUGGAUGAAAGACACAGCUCAGCUAAACGAUGAGCAACUAUGGGUGGCAGAACACUUUUCUGGUCGUGUGCUGAGACACUAUCAAAGCAUUGCCUCCCUCAAAAACAACAGCAGUGAGAUGGUGGACGUUAGAAAGUUCUACCAAGGCUGCGGCCACACAGUCCAUAACGGUUCCUUCUAUUAUCAUAUUGCCGGUACUUCCAGCAUCGGCAGACUUGACCUUCACACCAAGAGACUUCACACACUCUUUGUGGACAAUGCUUUGUACCAUGACCUUUCCUACCUGCUUCACAACUCCAAGACCUACUUCAAACUGGCAGCAGAUGAAAAUGGCUUGUGGCUAAUUUUUGCAUCCAGUAAAGAUGAGAGUAUUAUAGUUGCCCAGCUGGACCAGAAGACCUUUUCCAUCACGUCCUCAAUAAAUACCACCUACCCUCGAACCAAGGCUGGCAAUGCCUUCAUUGCUUGCGGUGUCCUGUACGUCACAGACACCAAGGACACCAGAGUUUCUUUUGCUUUUGAUCUGCUGAAAGGAAAGCCAGUGAACAUGACCUUUGAUCUGAGGUCUCCAGGUGGAGUGCUGGCGAUGCUCUCUUAUAGCCCAAAGGAUAGACACCUGUAUGUUUGGGACCACAGCUACGUCAAACUCUAUGUGGUCCACUUCAUCUCUGAUGAGUGAAAGCACACUGAACAUCAGUUAAAAAGCAGACAUGGCUUCCUUGAGUCACACAUAUGUAUGUGAGACUCAAAAAAGUAUUUUACUUUACCCAUGGAAUUCUGUUUUGAAAGUUAAAGUCUGAAUUCUAAGAGUUGGACUCUCUGUUUUACACUUUCCUCUACAUAGUUUGAGUUACUAAAAUUGUGAAAAAAAAUAUUAACAUACAGUAGCUUUUUUGCAUUUACGCAAGCCAUUUUUUGUGUUUGUGCAUGACAAUUAUUUUCAUUGAAAGAAAUGUACAUUUGCCCAAAUAGUCUUACAAAUACAGAAGAGUCUUUCUGUCUUUGUAGUGAUGCAUGGUCCUUGUUCACUAAUUGCUCCUGAGAGAAAACUACAAAUCACCCUCAUGAAAUAAAAAUAAUUUAUUCUCUUUACAAAGGUGAAAGUCUGACCACGACUUGUUCUCUCGGACGCCUCCAGGAUUAAGUGCACAAUAAGAGUCUACCCAUGAUACUGGCUUCUUUCGCAUUAGUACACACACACACAUGAGACAAAUUGGAAACAUGUGACAUGUACACAACAGGCAGAAAGAGAGAAACACAAAUGUCUUUAAUAAAUACCAUACAUACACUUAACAAAAGUUACAACUA